GAGGAUGUUUAAAGCCGUUCUAAAGUGCCCUGCAUGGUUUGCUUAGAGAAUUAGAAAGAACUUUUCGCACUGUGCUUAAGAGCAAUUAUCUGCACUCAGGAAGACUACCGACAUGUUAGAAGAGAGGAUGGGAGAUUGUUGGAGCCGCACUAAGGAUCAGUUUGACAACUUGGAAAAGCAUACACAGUGGGGGAUCGAGUUUGUGGAAAAGUACACCAAAUUUGUCAAGGAGAGAUCAGAAAUUGAAACCAACUAUGCAAAACAGAUUAGGAAUCUAUCAAAGAAAUAUCAGCCCAAGAAGAACUCCAAAGAAGAAGAAGAGAGCAAGUACACCUUCUGUCGAGCCUUCCUAACAACACUGAACGAGUUAAAUGAUUAUGCAGGUCAACACGAGGUUAUUUCUGAGGACCUGACAUCUCAUAUCAUCACCGAACUUACGCGCUACCUACAAGAACUCAAGACUGAGAGAAAAUCGCACUUCCAUGAUGGGCGUAAGGCACAGCAGCACAUUGAAAGCUCGUGGAAACAGCUGGAAGCGAGUAAAAAACGGUUUGAGAGGGAGUGUAAAGAGGCAGAAAGAGCACAGCAGUACUUUGAGAAGAUGGAUGCUGACAUUAACGUGACUAAGGCUGACGUGGAAAAGGCACGGCAGCAAGCUCAGAUGAGGCACCAGAUGGCUAAUGACAGUAAGAGUGAAUACGCCGCCUACCUGCAGAAGUUCAACCAGGAACAGAAUGAACAUUACUAUACAGUUAUUCCCAACAUAUUCCAGAAACUUCAAGACAUGGAGGAGAAAAGAAUUGAGAGGAUAUCGGUGUGCAUGAAGAAAUUUGCAGACGUGGAUCGCCAGGUGCUGCCCAUUGUGGGAAAAUGUUUAGAUGGCAUGACAAAUGCUGCCGAGUCCAUUGAGCCCAAGGCUGACUCUAAGCAGGUGGUGGAGUCCUUCAAGUCCGGUUUCGAGCCCCCAGGAGAUGUAGAGUUUGAGGACUAUGGCCAGGCCAUGAAGAGGACAGUAUCUGAAACCAGCCUGUCCAACACCAAAGAGAGCAAAGAGAAGCCUGGUGGCAAGACCAAAGGCAAACUGUGGCCUUUCAUUAAGAACAAGAACAAGCUUAUGUCCCUGUUAAUCCCCCACCAGCCCCCACCUGCCCCCCCAGCCUCAUCCCCACCCUCACCCUCUGCUGUUCCCAACGACCCCCAGUCUCCCAAGCAGCACAAGGAGCCCCUCUCCCACCGCCUCAACGACUUCAUGGCCUCCAAACCCAAAAUGCACUGCCUCCGGAGCCUGAGGCGAGGGCUUUCUCUCAAGCUGGGUUCUGUACCGGAGGACUUCAGUCACCUGCCGCCAGAGCAGAGGAGGAAGAAGUUGCAGGGCAAGAUCGAUGAGCUGAGUAAAGACAUACAAAAAGAAAUGGACCAGAGAGAUGCUCUGACCAAGAUGAAAGACGUGUAUAUAAAGAACCCUCAGAUGGGAGACCCGGCCAGUGUCGACCCCCGGCUAACAGAAAUAGGUCAAAACAUUGAGAAGCUCCAGUCUGAAGUACAGAAAUUUGAAGGCUGGUUAGCAGAGGUGGAGGAGAGGAUGCCGUCUAAGAGUGAUUCACAGCGGAAAAGCGGACUCUAUGAGACCCAGAAUAGCACAACAGUGAGCAACAACUGUGCACAGGACAGAGAGAGCCCGGAUGGCAGCUACACAGAGGAGCAGAAUUCAGAGGUUCAGGUCAAAGCCCAACCCAUCCCCACCCCAACCACCACAACGGAGUUCGAUGACGAGUUUGAUGAUGAGGAGGUCCUGCCUACCAUCGGCACCUGCAAAGCCUUGUAUCCCUUCGAAGGUCAUAACGAGGGCACCAUCUCCGUGGCUGAGGGCGAGCUGUUGUACGUCAUAGAAGAAGACAAAGGAGAUGGCUGGACACGCGUGCGGAGGAACGAGGAUGAGGAGGGAUACGUGCCCACAUCCUACGUUGAAGUGUUUUUGGAAACGAAUGCCAAAGGUGCUAUGACAUACAUUUAACUCAGCAAGUUCUUGCUAUGACAGUUUUUGUUACUCUGUAUUCCAUUCACGUGCUGAACGAGUGGGGCAAGUUACAGAGAUUAUAGAUGCUAGCUCAGACACCCACACACAGACACUUGACGUCGCUCCACAAAGAAGGAGCAAUCGGAUUUGUCCAUUGUGCCUCAUAACAGUCUGAAAAGUUGUUUCUGGUAGCGUGAGCUGUGCCAAUCAGAUAUCAUGUCUAAGAAGUGUUUGAAGUGAAGCCUGUUGUUAUCUCAUCUCUUAUUCACAGCAGUGCCACCUAGUGAUCAUUGAAAAUAAAACAUGGCACACUGAAAGCUCAUGAUGGCGCAAAUCAGCACCUAACAGUGAUCACCUGUACAUUUGAGACAUUCAGUAUUUGAUUUUCUUUUAGGUUUUAAAAUGUUGAAUAACAGUAUUCCACUCAAAUAAAAACACUGUUAAUCGAGACUUUGAGCCAGAACUGUGGCCAAAGCUGAGUCUGUGUGGUGAUAAAUCAGCUGAGUGAAUGUAAGCACCAUGUGAAGAGGCAGUGACCAUCAACUCAAAGUUACAUUUUUAGAAGUUAUUGUGUUUUGGUCACUUGACGUACCUAAAAAGAAAGAAUGCUUAAUGUGCAAUCAAGCAAAUGUAAUUUAAAUCAGCUGUACAGUAUGAAGACAUAUCAAGAGAUAUUUUUGUAGGUUAAACUAGAUUAAAAAUCAUGCUGCUGCCUCUCAAGUGUCGCAUGCUCUAGAUAAAUUACAGUGUUGUUACAACAAGAACAAGUUAUUUUCCCCUGUAAGGGGCCAUUUUUUAAAAUAUUGUCCAGUUUAAUAAAAUUAAUAGCCGCCUUAUAAUGUUUCCUUUUUCUAAAUUCACCUUUUGAUAAUGACAGUGUUGGGCUGUUCUGGUCCUUUUUUGCAGGCCAGUGGUAAAAGAAUAAAGGACUGAGAAUUAGCUGAAGUGAACUAUAUAUGGUGAGGCUGAGCUGGGAUAUGGAGCUGGUCAUGACUCUAAAGCUUUGUGGUUUGUUUGCAUCGGUCUCUGAAGUGUUUACUCUAAGAGCAUGGUGUGUGUAGCCUCUGGGUCAUUUCACUGCUCUGUUACUCUUUUCCAAGAUCAGCGCUCUCUCAAAAAUCAUACCAGAGCCUUUGUUUAACUCUCACUCUUUUAAAGACACAACUCACCUCAAAAUUGAAUUUACACAUUUUCCCUCUGGCCUCUAGUGCUAUUUUCUUACUGUGCAACUACAUCAACUAACUGUAAAAAGCAUGCAGCUAGCUAACAUUAGCAGAGGGGGGCACCAUUGAUGUUUACAUGCUGUCACUCUGCUAUGAACAAGAGACUGUUGUCAGUCUUUUCUGCCCAGUGAGACAGUUUAGGUAGAAAGAAAACAGGUUUUACAUAAAUCUGCUCGCACCAAAACAGUCUAGAUCAGGGAUGACAAAAGCAUUUCACACUGUGGGCCACAUAUAGCCGCCUACCAGUUCUACUCCCCUUUCUGUCAGUGUUAAAAAGUAAAAUUACACAUUUAAACUUUGAGAUAUCUUAAUAUAAUUUUUUAAAAUAAGGUGCAAUUUCAACAGGACAUCUCAUUUUUUUGUACAUGAUAAAGAAAAACUGCUGUAGUAAAUGACAGAAUGACUCUUUGGGCUUAAAUGGUGAGAAACAAAUUACAGAAAAAAAUUUAGCUGUAGCACAUUGACUACCCUGUAAUUAAUAGCAUUUUUCUUUAGUUCAUUCACAGAAAAUGUCCUUUUUUUCCUUACUGUGUACACAUUGUAAAAAAACCCUUCCUGUCAUUUCAUUUUUAUUCUAUAACCUAAUUACUUUAGUGUAGUGUGAAUAGCUAUAGGCUGGUUUUUAUCAUUAAAGAUAAAGCUGGAAAACUUAUAAAAAUAUCAUCUUUCAUGUUUUCCAAAGCUGUCCAGUGGACCUGAUUAGGAGUCGUUGCCAGGCCGAUUCUGGACCCGGGGUCUUAUGUUUGACAACACAGAUCUAAAAAUAGUACUACAGGCCAGAUUUCGUAUGAUUUUGGGAGUUGAAGGGUCCCUUGUAUCAGUUUUGAAGAUUUGUUAAAGCCAUAGCAUGGCCGUGUCUGCGAGGUGUAACUCUACAUCAGGUUUUACACAGAGUAAUUGUGAAAUUUGGUGUGUGCUGUGGCGUGUGUGGGAGUUUUAUCGUAACAGGAUUACAGCAUGUUGUGACAGUACAGCCACUGCAUUCUAACAUGCAUUCAAGCCCAGUGGUUUUUAGUUAAACACAUGCAUGUUUGGGUUAAUUCAGGUCGUACAACACACGUCUUUCUUGGA